AUGUCUUCGAGACAACGAAAUCUUGACCGACAUCGUGAGUCAUCUCGUUUUGCUGCACGUGAUCGACGUGGUAAGGAAGCGGACAUCUUUGCGGAUCUCAAAGUAGUGAUACCAAUUGUUGAUGAAGCAACAGUUACACAUGUGGAUCGGAUUGCUAUAUUGCGGGUUGCAUUGACUCUUUGCCGCUAUGAAAACCUGAAAUGCACGCCAGUUGCAGCGUAA